GGAGGUACGUAUUACCAGCUAAUCAAUCACCUCCAAGCUGUGUUUUUUUUUUUUUGUGUGAGAGCGCGCGCAUUGUAUAGCUAUACUGUGUACGUAUAGAUGGAAUAGAUCUGCUAGGAUCGUUGAUUGAUGCGAAAAUUCGGGAUCUUUACGGGGAUCCAAUUGCGAUCAGGUUUGACCUAGGGAUCCGAUCCGCGUCAGCGUAAUUGCGUCUCGAUUUGGAAAGCGCAAUCCUUUUCAGUGUGUUAUCGUGUUUUAAUUUGGAAAAAUGCGUGGAUCUGGUUUGCAUUCGACGCCAAUUUCGGCCGUGAUAAUGUUGAAAUGAACUUCUCUCGUUGGAACUUUCUCUAAUUUACAAGUGGUGAAAUUUGGGUUCUGAAGCGGAUGAAAGCUUUUGGACUUUAAUUCUGAAGUGUAGAGUUUCUCUCAUGGAGUGGAAGGGAUAAAGGAUCCAUCUGCUAUUGUUGGUGAGAAAUAACUGAAAAUGGCUCCAGCAAGCAAGGCUGAUAAGAAGGCAACAGUUGAUGCUGCUGCGUGGAUGUUCAAUGUAGUAACUUCUGUUGGGAUUAUUAUUGUCAACAAAGCCUUGAUGGCCACAUAUGGCUUCACAUUUGCUACAACGUUAACUGGUUUGCAUUUUGUUACCACAACCUUGAUGACGGCUGUUCUUAGGUGGCUGGGGUACAUUCAAGCUUCUCAUUUACCCUUUCCAGAGCUUCUGAAAUUUGUUAUCUUUGCGAACUUCUCUAUUGUUGGUAUGAAUGUUAGUCUAAUGUGGAAUUCAGUGGGAUUCUAUCAGAUCGCAAAGUUGAGUAUGAUCCCUGUAUCCUGCUUACUGGAAGUUGUUCUUGAUAAGAUUCGAUAUUCAAGAGACACCAAACUCAGCAUUGCAGUUGUUCUGGUGGGGGUUGCUGUCUGCACUGUUACUGAUGUCAGUGUCAAUACGAAAGGUUUCAUUGCUGCCUUUAUUGCUGUUUGGAGUACUGCUAUGCAACAAUAUUAUGUACAUUAUCUUCAACGGAAGUACUCGCUCAGUUCUUUCAAUCUUUUGGGACAUACUGCUCCGGCUCAGGCUGCAACUCUGCUGGUGGUGGGCCCCUUUCUGGAUUAUUGGUUGACAGACAAGAGAGUUGAUGCCUUUGAAUUCAAUUUAGCAUCUCUUGUGUUUCUAAUCCUCUCAUGCUCCAUUGCAGUAGGGACCAACCUCAGCCAGUUCAUAUGCAUCGGCAGAUUCACAGCUGUGUCCUUCCAAGUGCUUGGCCACAUGAAAACGAUCCUUGUUUUGAUACUAGGAUUUAUAUUCUUCGGAAAGGAGGGUCUGAAUCUACAUGUGGUCGUAGGGAUGGUAAUAGCUGUAGUUGGAAUGGUAUGGUAUGGAAAUGCAUCAUCCAAACCUGGCGGUAAAGAGAGGCGAAGCCAUUCAAUGUCUAGCAACAGACAACAGAAACACAGCAGUUUAUCAGAAUCGUCAGAAGUUGACGACAAAGUCUAAAUCACUUCCAGACUUUGAGUUUAGCAUUACAAGGGUAGUUUAUACAUCUUUUUUGGCACCGUCAGAUGCUAGAUCCAACCUGGACCCAGUUAUCGUCAGAUUCUUUCUGAUUUUGUAAUUCUUAUAUUUUCUGUUUUUUGAGAUUAAAUCCCUCCAAAAGGAAUGGGUACUUUAGGAGGAUUUAGAUACUGUGAGAAAGCCUUUGUCCCGUGACUAUAAUUUAUAUAGCGAUUGGUUUUCCAUUAA